CGCAUGGAGGGCGCAGGGCCCCGGGGGGCCGGGCCGGCGCGGCGCCGGGGAUCCGGGGAUCCGCCGCUGCCGUUCUGGCUACUCCUGCUGCUCUGGCUGCUGCCCGGCCCCGCGACGCUCCAGGAGCUGAACCCGCGCGGCCGAAACGUGUGCCGCGCGCCCGGCUCCCAAGUGCCCACAUGCUGCAUUGGCUGGAGACAGCAGGGGGACGAGUGUGUGAUCGCUGUGUGCGAAGGCAACUCCACGUGCUCAGAGAACGAGGUGUGCGUGCGGCCCGGAGAGUGCCGCUGCCGCCACGGCUACUUCGGUGCCAACUGCGACACUAAGUGCCCGCGCCAGUUCUGGGGCCCCGACUGCAAAGAGCGGUGUAGCUGCCAUCCCCACGGGCAGUGUGAGGACGUGACGGGCCAGUGUACGUGCCACUCACAGCGCUGGGGCGAGCGCUGCGAGCAUGCGUGCCAGUGCCAGCAUGGCACGUGCCACCCGCGGAGCGGCGCGUGUCGCUGCGAGCCUGGGUGGUGGGGCGCACAGUGUGCUAGAGCAUGCUACUGCAGCGCCACGUCGCGCUGCGACCCGCAAACGGGCGCCUGCCUGUGCCAGGCAGGGUGGUGGGGCCGCAGUUGCAACAAUCAGUGCGCCUGCAACUCGUCGCCCUGCGAGCAGCAGAGCGGCCGCUGCCAGUGCCGAGAGGGCAUGUUUGGCGCGCGCUGCGAUCGUUACUGCCACUGCUUCCGCGGCCGCUGCCACCCGGUGGAUGGGACGUGCGCCUGCGAGCCGGGCUACCGCGGCAAGUACUGUCGCGAGCCUUGUCCUGCCGGCUUCUAUGGCCUGGGCUGUCGCCGCCGGUGCGGCCAGUGCAAGGGCCAGCAGCCGUGCACUGUAGCCGAGGGCCGCUGCCUGACAUGCGAGCCCGGCUGGAAUGGAACCAAGUGCGACCAGCCAUGUGCCACGGGCUUCUACGGCGAUGGCUGCGGCUACCGCUGCCCGCCCUGCCGCGACGGGCACGCCUGCAACCAUGUCACCGGAAAGUGUACUCGCUGCAACGCAGGCUGGAUCGGCGACCGGUGUGAAACCAAGUGCAGCAAUGGCACUUACGGCGAGGACUGCGCCUUUGUGUGCGCUGACUGCGGCAGCGGCCACUGUGACUUCCAGUCGGGGCGCUGCCUGUGCAGCCCCGGUGUCCACGGACCCCACUGUAACAUGACGUGUCCGCCCGGGCACCACGGCGUGGACUGCGCCCAGGCCUGCAGCUGCCACGAGGACUCCUGCGACCCGGUCACCGGUGCCUGCCACCUGGAAACCAACCAGCGCAAGGGCGUGAUGGGCGCGGGCGCUCUGCUCGCCCUGCUCCUCGGCCUGCUCCUCUCGCUACUCGGCUGCUGCUGCGCCUGCCGCGGCAAGGAUCCCGCCCGCCGGGAGCUCUCGCUGGGAAGGAAGAAGGCUCCACAACGCCUGUGUGGGCGCUUCAGCCGCAUCAGCAUGAAGCUGCCUCGGAUCCCUCUGCGAAGGCAGAAGUUACCCAAAGUCGUAGUGGCCCAUCACGACCUGGACAACACACUCAACUGCAGCUUCCUGGAACCACCCUCAGGGCUGGAGCAGCCUUCACCAUCUUGGUCCUCCCGGGCCUCUUUCUCCUCCUUUGAUACUACAGAUGAAGGCCCUGUGUACUGCGUUCCCCAUGAGGAGGCGGCAGCCGAAAGCCGGGACUCAGAGGCUCCCACUGCUGCAGAGGUGCCCUUGACUACCCCGGUGUCCGCGGAGGAGGCAUCUCCACUCCCUGCGUCCUCUGACAGCGAGCGGUCGGCGUCCAGCGUGGAGGGACCCGGCGGAGUGUUGUACGCACGCGUUGCCCGGCGAGAGGCCCGGCUGGCCCGGGCCCGGGGCGAGGCUGGAGGUUUGUCGUUGUCGCCAUCGCCUGAACGCAGGAAGCCGCCGCCACCUGACCCCGCUACCAAGCCCAAGGUGUCUUGGAUCCACGGCAAGCAUGGCGCCGCUACCUCACCAUCGCCUCCGGUCCCUGAGUCUGCACCCAGCCCCAGCAAGAGGAAACGGACACCUAGCGACACGUCGGCGCGACCAGAGGAGCCCGGUAGCCCCCGGGCCCGCGACACGACGCCGCGGGCCCCCGGGCUGGCUGAGGAGGUACCAGCCCUCGUCGCGCCCUCACCGCCCCGGGCCCCAGCGCGAGGCCGCGGCCCUGGUCUCUCGGAGCCCACGGACGCCGGUGGUCCUCCGCGCAGCGCGCCCGAGGCCGCCUCCAUGUUGGCGGCGGAGCUGCGCGACAAGACUCGCAGCCUGGGCCGGGGCGAGGCAGCCUCCGGCACACAAGGUCCUCGGGAGAAGCCGGCGCCACCGCAGAAGGCCAAGCGCUCCAUGCCACCAGCCUCACCGCCCCGCGUGUCCCCAGCGCCUGAAGCCAUAGGGCCCGAGAAGGCAGUGACUAACAUGCCUGCGCCCGAGACUCCUCGGAAGAAGACCCCUAUCCAGAAGCCGCCACGCAAGAAGAGCCGGGAGGCGGCAGGCGAGCAGGGAAGGGUGGGAGCGCCCACCCUGUAGGGGGUUGGCCCUGCCACGGCUGCAGCUUUCCCUGGCUUAGCAGCGUUGCUUGCCACCCUGCGAUCUGCGACCCCGACAUCUUCCGUGCGACCUGGGCACGGGAGACCCCCCCUGCCCCGCCCCGCCUUGGCAGGAAGUUGUGUCUGAUUGGCUCAGGCUCCAGCAGCCGUUCCUCAGUUGGAGCAACGCUCAGGUGGGAAGUCCCCCAUCCUAUUGAUCGAGGCCCGCCUGGUGCUUCCUUAACUGGCGACUCUCUCCCCAUUGGCGGAGUUUUGGAGCUCUCUGAUCACCCAAGUUUCAUUGGCCAAGACCAGAUGAGUUCUGCCUAGAGAUCACCACUUACUGGCCAAGCGUGUACAGUAUUUGACUGGGGCUGCCUUUUCAUUGGCUGAAGCCAGAAGCACUUCUAGCUGGGGCCAGGGCCUGGCGCCCCGGCCAGAGGGUCCCUUUCUUGGUAGUAGCCCAAGGUUACUUACAUAGGCCGGCUCCAGGGCAUCUAUCUGGUUGAUUGGAGCCUGCGGAGGAGGGCUGGUCUCUGAUCCUCAGGGAGCUCAGUGCUCCUCGGCCUGUCCCACUCUUUCCCUUCUCUGGCACCCUAAGUCCCAGCCUCCCAGCCCUACCCCCUCAGCUGUCGAGCUGGUAUUGAUGGCCUCCCAGGGGCGACGCCCGUGGCUUGAGAAGAUGUAUUUAUGUGCCCCAGGCAGGGCUGCUUCCAGCCUGUCCAGGAGCCCCAGGAUGGGCUCCUCUUGGCAGGGCCUUGCCAAAGCUUCUUAAUAAAGUGCCUUUCUUUCCCCCUC